AUGCCGAGGGGUUUGCGACACAUGAUCGGCAUUCUGGUUCGAGGCUUUGAAUGCGGGUUCGACAUUGAACUGAAUCAUUUGCUGAACUUGUUGGAGAUCAGAAAAGAUACGUGCAUUGCAUUCCACGAUCUUGGAGUUGCUUCGUCGGCUACCGUCGCAAUUCGGAGCAUUCUUCCCCCAAUUCCCGACGACCUCUUUGUUGUUCAAGAUUCUCUCGCGGCCCGGAGAGUUAAUUGGAGGAAGCAUUUUACAUUUGAGAGAGUGGAAAGAGCGCGAGCCAUUCUUGCCGGAGUUCCUGUUAGCUCUUCAUCUUCAAAUUCCUCAGGAGACACAAGGGAGAAAAUGGUGAUCAUUAUUCUUAGAGAUAAAAAGAGGCGUGAAGAAGAAGAGGCUGCGAGACGAGCCGUUGAGGCGGCUCAAAUGGAGGCCGAGGCUGUCCCUCAAGAUGUUCCGCCGAGCCGUGAUGAUGAAGGUGUGACCCGAAUUGUGGGGGCGAACGUUGCCGAGGCAAACGAGAAAGAAGUGGCGCCUCAUGUGGAACUGGGUGAAAUCAUUCCCGAGGCGCCCAAAGACGACUCCGCGGCGCCGAGUAAAACUCCUUCCCACUCGGCCAUUUUGGCUCUUCCGAAGUCAUCGAGGCCCCUGGCUCCGCAUCGUCAGAAGCACAAUUUCGGCCGAAAACGUUCAGCCGCUGAUAAAGGGAAAGGCGUGACUGUUCAAAAAGACGAGCCGCCUAAGAAGAAAUGCAAGCCGGCGUCUGACGAUCCCGCUUCGCGCAAAUUGGUAGUCGAUGACCCAGACGCCUCAGCGGUGAUGUUCUCGCGUGUCAACAAUGCUAACACGCGUCUUCCUCUUCUUGAGAAGCUGAGGAGACCAAGGUCUUAUGGCGCGAUGGCACAGCGCGGCACCAAGGUCUUAUGGCGCGAUGGCACAGCGCGGCACCAAGUGUUUAACGCGUACUAUUCUCUGCAAUUUGUAGCGGCCAUCAACGAGCUGAUGGCUGAGUACGAGGCGGACCUGUCUAAGGUCGAACGUCCCCUGGACGAGGCUGGGAACGAGACCGCGGCGGCGAAGGAGAAGCUGGACGAGGCGAUGACCAAGGUGUCGAGGCUGGAAGAGGAGAAGAUAGUUCUUCGUGCCGAUGUAGACAAGGUCAAGCGUGCGAAGAAGGAAACGAGGCGAGAACUGAUGGCUAAGUUUCAGGAACGUCUCGCCAAGGUGGAGGAAGGUCUAGCCAAGCUCGAGAAGGCUAAAACCGACGAGAACGAGCUGGGGCAGAUCAAGGGCAAUCUUGCUAUGAUCAACGACCUGAGGAAACCGGAUGGUCCAACACUUGACGAUGAGGAGGCGAAGCUAAAAGAUUGA